AUGUCCGCCCGUCUGCGCGAACUCGAAUCUGGUGCCAGCCCUAUUGCGUCCUCCAAAGUUUCAGCCAGUGGAACCGCAGCAGCCACCGGCUUAGGUCGUAUCCUUAAUGCCCCAAAGUCCCCUACGUAUGUUGGUCCAACAAGUGCCGAAUUUGGACUCGGUCAGCAGCCCCGGUCCUCCUCACAACAAAGCAACCCCAGCGAGAGCAUUGAUGAAGAGGACGACGAAAUUUCAAGCGCUGGUCUGAGUCCCGCGCCGUCGGAUCGAGAUGUGUCGGGGCCUAUCACUGGCAGCGACCCGCUGAUGGGAUUAGAACUUGAGGAAACCUUACGCCUGGUACAGGUUUACGAGGAUACAGUUGGAAUUAUGUACCCUUGUGUUGAUCUGGCCAGCUUGCGCACCUAUGUUGUGGAGUUUCAUCACACCUAUAACCCUGCAAUCGACCGCGGCUUAGAUCUCGCACCGGCGGCGUCAGACCAAGAUUGGUUUCAUGCGAGAGACAUACAGGUUCUCAGGAUUCUGUUGGCCACAGCACUUCUGGUGGAAUCCCACGGUCGGAGUGAACGUGCUGCACAAUUGGCAGAUAGCGUCGAAGACCGUUUUGCUAGUCGACUGAAAAUAGCAGAAGUUGACAUGAAAGAAAUUCUUAUUUUGACUUUACUGGUAUAUGAUGAGGUUAUCGCUUGGCGUUUGACUGGUAUGGCCGCCCGCGGUAGCAUGGAGCUUGGCCUGCACUGUCAAGAUACGUGGCACAAGACUGGAGGUGUAUUUCCCGGUGCCUUGGAAUGGAUGUGGGCAAGUCGCUUAUUCUGGUGCAUCUAUGUCCUCGACAGGAAGUGGUCUUUUGGAACGGGGCUUCCCUUUGCUCUUCAGGACUCGGAUAUGGACACCAACCUACCAGAACCAGGUCAUUCCACUCCAUAUCUCACCUGUAUGAUCUCAUAUGCCCGGCUCAGUACAAAGAUCUGGGGUCUCGUCGUCGGGUGGCAGACUAGGUCGCGAGAGGCGACUUCAGAAAGAUGCGCAUUCUUGGAUGCGCAAGUCCAGCAGUGGGUGCACUCAAUCCCGCGUGAGUUGCGAUUUGACCCUACCUGGCGAUCUCCAGCGGGAUCAGAGCAAACCGACCGAGCAAUGAUGUUACAGGUUCUUCUUGCACUGCAGGCCAAUCAGCUUCGAAUUCUUGUUUAUCGUCAAAAUCUCCUGAGUAGUGAGCGAAUUGCAGAGGAUCUUACGGGCGCGUCGACUGCAGUGGAGACCGCUAAAAGCACAGUUCAUAUGCUCGAUUAUUUUAGUCGGGUCUCAAAUGUGUACUUUCAAAGACCUGAGCCGUUCAACUACUUCCUGAUAUCUGCCCUGGCCACUCUCUUCCUCGCUGUUUUACAUGCCCCAGCUCGGUUCAGCCAAAGUUGCCGACCGGAGUUUUAUACCGCUGUUGACAUGGUGCGCCGCUCGGCCACUCGCGCUCGCACAUCCAGACGCCUUCAGAAGAUUAUCCACAGCUUGAAGAGAAUUCAACUGAACUUACAAUGGCAGUCUAAGCCCGGCAGCCGAUCGGUAGACCGAGGUGAUGAAGCUUUUCUUCAGAGACCACGCCCAAACAUGACUGCAACCCCACACUUCCCUACUUCUGUCGGGGCGAAACAGCUAGAUUCCCGCGUUGGGUGGACUUCUACUCCUAUAUCCGCUCAGGUUGAAUCUCCAUCAACUCACAACGCGUCUAGUAUUGGUCAAACGCCUGGAAUGGCAACUCCACAGCCAUCAUCUUCGACGUUCUGGCCUUUAUCACCCGGAACAGCGACCGGAACAGAUUCCAAUGAUUGUCAGGAUCUCAGCAGCUUCUUUGAGAUUGCGGGUGGCUUUUAUUUUGAUCCUGCAAUGGCUUCUGACCUUUCAGCAGGAAUGGAUGUUGGUGUUGCGAAUUGCGAAAAUGGGCGACUACCAAAUGUCCCCGAAGCGUUCCAUACUGAAGAUGAAGCAUUGACCCGGGUUAUGGCGGGCCUCUUGUGA